AUAAGACAGCAAAAGAAUAAUGGAUCCACACGUGGGGUGAGAGGAAAUCCACGGAUAUAAUCCCUCGGCAUCAGGGCAGGAAAAGAGAGCCUCUUCUCCUCCAGCUUCUCCAUUUAAAGUCCCCAGCUGAAUGUCAUUAGGACACCUGGUGGAGCCAGGGGCGGACCAGGGGCCUAUAGAGGCUUCCUAAUGACGUCACGGGAUUUCGCGUCAGACAUCUUGGAGUACCACUCUACUGCUCUAAUUAUACAUCCAUGCUCUACUGGCGGGAGCGUUCAAAAAUGGCGAAAAUGAAAGGCUAUUACGAAUCACUAUACCCGGAGGAUAAGACCGUUUACAGAGAAAAAUGUACGUCGAUUGGUUCGGUGGACCCUUAUUUGAUUCCCGUUAAGGAUUACAGCACCGAUAUAAAUUCAUGGCCUUCACUUUCCUACUGUGAUAUCGUGAACUACCUGUUUUUUUCGCCUAUUCCAUUGUACACCAUGGAGGAAAUGAAGGCGUACAAAGGACUCUAGGCACAUAAAGAGUUCACAUCUGGGUGGAUCCGCGACGUUUGCAUUGCAUGUCAAGGAGAUGUGGCUGUAAUAGCUGAAAAAGUAUUGCAUUCUCAGAGUAUUGGGCUGCCGCCAACAUGUCCGUGGGUACUGAUGAAGGAUGGUGCAGUCAUCACAGCUAACUGCAACUGCAAGGCUGGUUUGGGAUCAACAUGUACCCAUGUUGCAUCUCUCCUUUUCUACAUAGAAACAUACGGAUACGUGAUGCCAAGACAGUUACCCAGGAAAAGGCGUCCCCUCUCAAAAGAAACAGAAGUACUAAUCAAUCUGAAUGACAGUGUGUUACGUGCCGUAGUGUUUGUGUGGUCGUGGGUGUGUUUUUCUCUCUCUCCCUCUGACUCCCCAGGUGCAGCCUGAUUGUCCCCAGGUGCAGCCUCUCCCCAGGUGCUCCCAAUCCUCAAUCAGGGCUUCCAUAUAGGACCGGAGGAGGACGGCAGUGAGAGGCCUUUUCUCGCCUUCUCAUCUGGCUGCAUGUGUGCAGCAUGUCUCUGUGUGAGACCCAGCAUAGUUGUGUUUAUUGUAAGAGUGUUUUGUAAUUUGGCUGGUGAGCCAAAAUGGUAUCAGGAAGCAAGAGCUGGAGAUCAGGAAGCAGGAGCUGGAGAUCAGGAAGCAGGAGCUGGAGGCAGACACUGCUGUCCGGAUGCGUCAGCUAGAGCUCCAAGCAGCUGGGAUGGGUGAUUCUGCAGUUACACCUUCUGGUCCUGCUGCCUCCUUUGACGUGAGCAGGCAUAUUUCUUUGGUCCCUGUGUUUCGUGAAUCAGAGGUGGAAGUCUAUUUUGGUGCAUUUGAGCGCAUUGCUGCUGCCCUGCACUGGCCAGAAGAUGUGUGGGCUAUUCUGUUACAGUGCAAGCUAGUCGGCAAGGCUCAAGCGGCUUGCUCUUCUCUUUCUGUCGAGGACAGUUUGGUGUAUGAGAAGGUGAAAGGUGCUAUUCUCAGGGCAUAUGAGCUUGUGCCUGAGGCCUACAGGCAGCGUUUUCGCGGCAUGAAGAAAGCUUCUGGCCAAACGUACGUGGACUUCGCGAGGGAGAAGAAAGCCCUCUUUGACAGGUGGUGUAGAGCGUGUAGAGCUGAUGACAUUGCUUCAGUGUGCGAGCUAAUGAUGUUAGAGGAGUUUAAACACUGUGUACCGGAGCGUACGGUAGUCUACCUAAAUGAGCAGAAAGUGACUACCCUUCAGCAGGCUGCCACUCUGGCAGACGAGUUUGCGCUGAUACACAAGAGCGUUUUUUUUCAGCGUGAUCCUCCUCAGCGGGACACUUAUCGUAGAGCUCCUGACAAUUACGUUCCCUGUGCCAGUGUUCCAUUGUUAGGUCCCAGGAUAAACAGAGCUUGUCAUUUUUGUCUGGACCCAGGUCAUAUGAUAGCCGACUGUGCAGCUUGGAAGAGAAAGCAGACAGUGGAUGGCCGGCGUCCAGAAGGGGUGGGUUUGGUUACAGCAGUGUGUCCUAGUGGACGGGCCACUGUUAACAAAGGGCCUGAUGAGUGCUUGAAACCUAAAGUGUAUCCUCAGGGCAGUUAUCCUCACUGUAGGGCUCGUAACGGACGUGUCACACGUGCUCAGUCCGUUUCUCUCCCAGGUCCCGACACUAAGAGAUUGUGUUUCUUUUGUCUUGACCCUGGUCAUUUGGCGGCGGAGUGUGAUGCUUGGAAGCAGCAGGUGGCAGCUUCCAAGCAUCCAAUGGUAUGCUGGUGAACUGGGUGGUGGGUGUUGUUGGUAACUGUGACCAAACACUUGUUUGGUUUUAUGGGGGGAAGUGUUACGUGCCGUAGUGUUUGUGUGGUCGUGGGUGUGUUUUUCUCUCUCUCCCUCUGACUCCCCAGGUGCAGCCUGAUUGUCCCCAGGUGCAGCCUCUCCCCAGGUGCUCCCAAUCCUCAAUCAGGGCUUCCAUAUAGGACCGGAGGAGGACGGCAGUGAGAGGCCUUUU